AUGCUGUCGCGUCAAAAGGCAACGAAUAAUCUGCGGACUUCUUUGCUGGCCGUUCCUUCCAUCGAGGGAGCUACCCUGGAAGCCUGUCAGCGGUCGAACAAGGAAAUCUGGAAGGCAGGCCUCUCCUACGACUCAAGAGAGCUUGAUGUGGUUUUUGGGGAACUGAGACCGGAACACUUUUUUCUGUCCGGUGUCAGUCCUAAAUUAAUGGAUGCCUACUGUAGAUCCAUUGUGAUCCCCAAAUCCCGGACACGGCUUCAGAUACAGGGAGCCAAUGGUGAUGGUAAUCGGCCCGUGUUCUUGAACAAAGAUGGUUUACAGGUGCCUAAAAGCACCGCAGAUGGCGGAACUACCAGACUUCCAGCCAUGGAAAAUCAGCGGUUUAAGGCCUACCUGCGUAAAUACUUUCCUCACGACAAUAUCGUUGUUCAGCCCAUGGACCAAAUCAUGAAAAGUAAGCCCAAUUUUUCCCAUUCGUUCAUUUGA